GGUGGGUGCCUAGUGAGAGGCUGCACCUGCGGUUCUUGGGCAGCAUCAGCCUCUGCUGAGGCUUGAGAGGUGUUGGCAGCACCGAGGUUGGGGUGGCUGUGGGAUGUGAGUCCCUUGGCAGGGGUGCAGAUGGACUCCUGAGCAGCUGUGUUGGCACCUUGCAGCCCACACAAAGCACUGGCACUCUCCUGGCAGUGCCCAUCUGUUACUGUGCCCUGUGUGGCAGGGAUGUGACAUCCACUUUGUCCAGCUCAAGUUCCUUGGGACUCGUGGCUGGAGUUGCUGGCACUGGGGCCAGCAGCGUGAGCUGGGCUGCCCUCCUGGGCAGGCAGGGGAUGGUUUGCAUCACAGAGGCCUUUGCUCUGUCCCUCUCUGUGUUUAUUUGUGUGCUCAGGCUCUGUCCAAAAGUCAUCUCACAGCUUGAAAUCCCUUCAGACGCCUCCCUGUGCCAGGCCCUGCUGGCUGCUUGGACUCGGUUUCAGAGGAGAGUCCCCCCUCAGCACAGCCGUGCUGCUCCCUCCUGCUCAGGCACCGAGCAACGGUGUUCUGGUGGCCAUGGGUUCAGCAUGAAGCUCAACUAGAAGCACCAUGACCGUACGGGGAAAAGAAACAGAUGAAGAGAGCAGGAAGGAGCAGCACUUGUCUUGUUAAUGGCCCUGACUCUGCUUGGUGCUGCAAAAAUGCCAGAGCUGUUGGAUGUCCCUCUGAUCUACAUCCCAACAAAUCCACCCACUUUAUCUCAUGCCUGGGGAUGCAGUUGAGGCUGUUUAGCUUCAGAGGCUGCAGCCUUCCUGCUGGAUGUCCUGCCGAGCCGUGCAAAACCCCGAAAAGUCUCGGUGCCAGAUGAAGUUUCACGGAUUUCUCUGUCAGAUGCCCGUGGGGUUGGACACUCGCUAGCAGAGAGCUGAAGCCCCCAGCCUGUGCCCAGGAGAGCAGGAUGCGGGUCACCACGCGCAGGGUGCUGCUGCUGCUGGGCUCGGUGGUGGCCUUGAUGGUGACCCUGCACCUCGGGCAGCAGGUCCUGGAGUGCCAGCAGGUCCUGAGCGAGAGGAGGCACAGGCUGAUGAGGCCGGAGAACGAGGAGCUGGUGAUGGUGGACGCCAACCACGUGGAGUACCGCUACAGCAAGGACAUGCCCCUGAUCUUCAUCGGCGGCGUCCCCCGCAGCGGCACCACGCUGAUGAGGGCCAUGCUGGACGCGCACCCCGAGGUGCGCUGCGGGGAGGAGACCCGCAUCAUCCCCCGCGUGCUGGCCAUGCGCCAGGCCUGGUCCAAGUCCGGCCGCGAGAAGAUGCGGCUGGACGAGGCGGGGGUGACGGACCAGGUGCUGGACGCGGCCAUGCAGGCCUUCAUCCUGGAAGUGAUCGCCAAGCACGGCGAGCCCGCCAGGUACCUGUGCAACAAGGACCCCUUCACGCUGAAAUCCUCCGUGUACCUGUCCCGGCUGUUCCCCAACUCCAAGUUCCUGCUGAUGGUGCGGGACGGGCGCGCCUCGGUGCACUCGAUGAUCACGCGCAAGGUGACCAUCGCCGGCUUCGACCUGAACAGCUACCGGGACUGCCUGACCAAGUGGAACAAGGCCAUCGAGGUGAUGUACUCCCAGUGCCUGGAGAUCGGCCGCGCCCGCUGCCUGCCCGUCUACUACGAGCAGCUGGUGCUGCACCCCGAGCAGUCCAUGCAGAACAUCAUGAGGUUCCUGGACAUCUCCUGGAGCGACACGGUGCUGCACCACGAGGAGCUCAUCGGGAAGCCCGGUGGGGUGUCCCUUUCCAAGAUAGAGAGGUCAACAGACCAGGUGAUCAAGCCGGUGAACAUGGAGGCGUUAUCCAAAUGGAUCGGGCACAUCCCGGGGGAUGUGCUGCAGGACAUGGCCCACAUCGCCCCCAUGCUGGCCAGGCUGGGCUACGACCCCUACGCCAAUCCCCCCAACUACGGCCACCCCGACCCCCUGGUUGUCAACAACACACACAGGGUUUUAAAGGGGGAUUAUAAAACACCGGCCAAUCUCAAAGGUCACCUGCAGGUGACUCAGAACACGUCAUCUUCUCACUAAGAAAAUUAAUGAUUUCCAGAACGCUGCCAAUGGCCUGUUGUUGCCCGAGAAGGACGAAGUGUGCAGUGGGCCCGUGGAAAUCUGUUCUCCAAGCAUAUUGCUUGCUCCUACUGUUGCCAAAUGACUGCGCUCCAGGAAUGUAUUUGCAUUUAUUUGCAAAGGCCAAACGUGCUCCACGGCGGGAACAUCCCCGGCCGGUCCCAGCGCUCUGUGGGGAAUGCAGCUAUGGAAACCCG